GCUGUUUUGCAGGCACAGCACAUCACAGUUUGUUUGAAGGAGCCAAAGAAGUUGUGCGGAGGCUAAGAUGUCCUCUAAAAUGCCCAGCUCAAACAACAUAGCGCAAGCAAGGAGGACUGUGCAGCAACUCAGAAUAGAGGCCAACAUCGAGAGGAUAAAGGUGUCCAAAGCGUCUGCGGACCUCAUGCACUACUGCGGAGAACAUGCCAAGUACGACCCACUGCUCAUGGGCAUCCCAGCAUCAGAGAACCCCUUCAAGGACAAGAAGCCCUGCACUAUAUUGUAGUGGGACCCCCGGAAUCUUCUGCUUUUUAAUGUUCCUUUUUUAUAGACCGAAAUCUGAUUUAAAACAAUCAUUCUCUAGUCGCCUUAUGGUCUUUUGACCACCCCCGACCAUCCCUUACUAAAACCAGUGUAAGUCACCCCAGCUGAAUUGCAACCAUUGAUGAUUUUUUUUUUCACCCAUUGCAUUCAGUUUCUACAAAAGAAGACAAAAACAAGCACAAAGACAAAUUACAAUAAUUUGUAUCCCCAUAAAAAAGCUUCAGGAUAACUGAUGAAUGAACAUUGGUUUGGGGUUGACUGAGUGUUGUUGAGCAUGUCUGAUCUGGUAAGAAUGGGAGUUUGUAAACUGCGUCGUCUCAGCAAGCAAGACGAAUGUAUAUUAGUGUCUACAUGCCCACUUUCUUUUAUUUGUUGGGUCCUGAUUACAGCAGGUUCAUGUAUGCCUUGGGAAAUAAUUUGAGUUGAAUAGUACAUAUACGUGGUAACAACACAACUCUAUAAAUCCUGUAGUAUCCCUAUCUUCCACACACCUGGCCUGCACUGUUAAUGAUCCUCAGCCAGGAAGGAGGUGACAAUGCCUUGGUGUCACAGAAAGAGGGGAGGGCAGAUGAAGAGCCUCUUAACUGUAGUUGAACCAAUCGAAAGGCUGCUUUUGUGUGAAGCACGGCAGGUGUUUUACGUGAUGUCACCAGAUUGAUGCAACUCUGGAAGCUGCAGUCCUCUUUCGACUCUGGGGCGGGGGUGGGGGAGGUGGCCAAAAAAGUCAGCCGGGGCCAUUGUGCCCCGCUGCGAAAUAAAAAAAAAAAAAUGACACUGACAAGGUGCAUCCAGAUGCUUACAUUUUCAGGGAGAGGCAUUUGGGUGCUCCGGGAAUGCUUUGCAGGUUUUAGAAUUUUUGAGCAUCUGAAAUGUUCGACUUCUGAACAGGAGAGAAAAGCAAUAAAAAAAACAAAGAUCUCUCAAACCCCUGCCCUAACAAAAGCAAUUUGUUGGGUCUAAUUUUCAACUCAGACUAGCUCUGUGCUUUCGCACCCACUGCAUCUCUCCACAGGAAGUUGAGGAGACUGGGUGUCUUUUCUCUUUGGGAGCAGAUAUAACCAGAAAUGCCAACAGACUGCUCCUAACUCGUGUUUACUGCAAAGUCUUUGUGUUGUUAUACUUCUGUGUUCUGUCUAGUUCUCUGUAAUCUCACAGGAUGAUUUAGCCAGAGAGACAAUCCUUAGUCUGAUCUUUGCCUAAAGUAGGGAUGGCUCAUAUACACAAGAACUUUGAAACAGCUGAACCUUCAAACAGCGGAUCAAACGGAUAUUUUUAUAUAAGUAUUUCAUUUCAACAUUCAUGUAAGACUUCUGUAGACAUUGUCACCCCAUCAUGAUCCAUGAGUAUUUUAGCAAGUUGCAUUUAAUAUUUUGAAAGUAAAAACGUUGGCAAGUUCUAACAUAAUUUAUGACACCUUACAGUCAAACGUGAGAAGGAAGCAUGUUAAGUGUUAAGACAGCGCCAUCAAGUCUGACCUUUAGCACAGUCAUAUUAUGACAACAUUAAUUUCCAGUAUUCAUUGAAACGGUGCCCAUGUGAGAAACUUCAAUCCCAUUUUUAGUGUUCAUGGACACGUCCCAUUGUGCACUCUGAUUAAACACAUUUUAGACAUCCACUUCAGCCACUUUCAACUUCUGACGGUGUAUUUUUACGACACUGAGAUUUCCUCUUUCUUUUCUCAAAAACAGAAAGUUAUUUUCUGAAGCACUAUUUUAAUUGCAGCUGGAGCAGGAUAUUAUUUACUGUUUCCCCCAAAAUGGCUGCCACAGCACUUGAAUGAUGCUGUGCAUUUAUUGACAAGCUUGAAGUGUAAAGCCUAGUAUAUGUCUGUAUUCCCUUGCAUUUGCCUUAUAGAUCAUGCCCUGUGACUAGCAUAGAUAACUCCAUCCGCUUGUAUGUAUGUGGUAGACGGUAAGUCAUUGUAUCGCGGAUCAUGGUAAUAUAUUGUAACCCUUUAAAUGAGUAUGCCUUAUGAUGAAGGACAUUUUUGUUUGUUGAUUUGUAUUGAUUGAUGUCUAUAGUGUGUCAAGAGGAGUUUGAACUCGUGUGCCAUUACAUCCACAGAUUUUACCAGCAAUAGAGACUAAACAUUUUGUUGGAUUGUGCAUCACACCUGGUGCUCUUAGCGUGAAGCUGUUGCUUUUCUUUGUCUCGAAAAGAGGUUCUUCUUUAGGAGUUAGACAAACAUGCUGUUUUGACGUGACCUCUGUUCAGUAUUGCAUCAUGAAUGUGGUUGGCGUGGUGAAUUGUGAGGACCUCUGAGUAUCAACAUUCCAUGUUUACAGUGGUAUUUCCAUUUCCUGUACUUUGAACUGGCCGUACUGAAGACAUACAUGCCACAUCAUGACGGGCAGAUUGGACAAAGAGACCAGCUUACCAGCAAAGGCCUUAAUUGAAGCGUGCCAGCUUCAACUUUCUCUAUUAUUAAGUAACUCCACAAGUGCUAUACUGUGAACAAACUGACACAAUCCCAGCAAAUGCACCACCUACCUAUACCUGACUUUACAGAGAACACUCUCACAGUCAGCAUCGCUGACAAUAUAUAUUAUUAAAUACUGCGUGGUAGUCACACUAACUACACAAUAGUUGUUAAUUCUCGCUCUGGGGUACAGUUGGCUGCCUGUUGAAUAAAUCAAUCUGUGGUAAUGUCAUUUACUAAUGGAGAUGGUGGCGAGGGUUGACCAGAGUAACCAAUUAUCAGCAUCAAUGUGCCGUUGUCCAACAAGCAGCCCUCUUCCCUUGAUGUGUUCCUACAUGGUCUUCAUCCCCCAUAUGCUUUUUGCAGUAUGACAGUGAAGGUCUGCUAACUAUACUGUGUUAUUCCUCUAUGCUGUCUCUGUCAUUUGCAGCUGAUUUUGUAUUGUAGUUGAAAUAACUUGCAUAACGGGCUCCUUUAUUUUUUUUAACCACUGUACUCUUUUGCCUUGGAAAUUGGAAGAAAGAUCUUGGAUAUAAGGCAGAUACACUGCCCUUGCCAGUUUCACUUAUGAUGUAGGUGGUUUUUCUUCUUUUUAUGUGUUUUGAUAAAUGCUGGAGCUGUAUUUUG